ACUUGAACGUCCGCGGCGUGUGACGCCGGCGUGACGUCAUGACGUCGUCGCUGGCGGUAUUUUUGUUUGGAGUGUGGCGUUCAGCGUCAAACUCGGGAUUAGCGUUCACUUAAAAGAAAAGCUACUGAUGACCCCAGCACCAUCAAAAAAGAGAAAUGGAGCAGGACACUCGGUCACCUCAGUCUUCGGAGGCUGCUGCCAAAGCAGUGUUGCUGGAGGAGUGCGAGGAGCAGUUCGGACUGCUACAGAAGCUUCAAAAUGAGAUCAUUCUGGCAGAUACAGAGGCUAAUGAUGAUCAGUCAAAUGAGGCAGUGAAUCGCCUGAUUGCAAUCACAUCUGAGUUAGAACAAUGGCAAGAAAUGGAACCAAAAUUGCUGACAACAAGUCCUGAAGUCUUAUUAGCAGUUGGUAAAGAAGAAUUGCAAAGACUCAACAGUCAACUGAAAAUGGUCCUGUCAUGCUCACAAGCAAAGCUGGAUGCCCAGAAAAAGAUUUUGAAAAGGGAGCAGACAUGGCAAGCAGAGAAGAAAGAAGCACUGAAUGCAGUGUGUGAGAAAAUCACCAGAUUGCAAUGUGACAAUGAGAAAUCAGAGCACAGCGUUUUGCAAGAUAUGAAAAGAAAAAUUAGCAGUCUGAAGGACUAUCACAGCAGUCUCAUGGAAAUGCUGAGUGACAUGUUAGCUGAGCACUUCCCGCUUCCCGAUCCCCAGGGAAACGGCACAAAGAAAAAAAGAGCUGCCGCAUAUGAUGCAGAGAUUAACCUGAUUUCCCUGAGUGAGAUUAUCGAGAAAUUGACCAAUAAAACAUUAGAAACUCCUCACGACCCUUAUGUGAUAACGGAUGACACUUUCUGGCCACCGUACACAGAAAUGCUUCUUCGCAACGGUGUGGCAACACGGCAUCCAGAAGAUUGCAAUAAAAUCCGUCUUGAACAUUUUUUUAAUCUAACCAGUACUUAUCUGAAUCUAAUCUAUGUCUACAGUUAAAUGUCAAUGCCUGCUCUUUUUUCAAAUUGAUAUGAAUUCUCAUGGUAGUAUUUCAUUGCGACUGGAUGUAUUUUUGAGUUAUCCACAACUUGGAACGCACGUCUGGCUUCGAAUGUGUUGGUGGUUAUUUUUACUUCAUUCAUGUAUGUACAAGACAAAAUUAGAUUUUUUUUAAAAUAAUGAAUUAAAGUAACUAAACAUA